AUGAAUGGCAACCUCACGAGCUUGACUACCAAUCUCGUAUGGGGGGAGCUUCCACCGGAUCAAUGCGAUGUGGUCAACUUUUCCCAUUAUACUGAUGUCAAUAUGGCGGCUCGGUGCCUUGGCGCCGGCGAUGUCACCAACAAAGAUGUUGGUUUUUGGAAGCAGUGGCGUGAUACGCAGAUCAAGAUAUCCAAGAUUGCCGGCGCAGCCUUCUUCAAGUGGCGUGCACAGUGCUCAAGCUGGAUGGCGGUAUCAAACUGGCGGUACGAAGACCCAUUUGCAUCACCAAAGCCUUCAAAGAACGCAUCGAAUCCAGAAGAAGGACUCCCCGCUGCACCGUUGCUGUUCCUAUCUACCCGAUACGAUCCAGUGACACCGCUUAAAAACGCACGUGAGAUGAGCAAAAACCACCCAGAAUCUGGGCUGUUGAUUCUCGAAGACGUUGGCCAUGCUACAAUAGAUAGGGGCAACAGCAGCUGCAUGCGUGAUGCUGUAUCGACGUUUUUUGACUUGGGCGUUGUACCGAAAGGUGAAAAGAUUUGCGAUGACACGGUGUCUGAUCCUUGGGGGCAGCCGUCUAGUUUCUCGACGGAGUUUAUGCGUCUUGGGCUGUUUACCCUAUAAGUUGAUAGAUAUAAUGACGAUUUAUAUAGGGGGUAUACUGCGUGCUAAGGCAUCUUGCCUACUAGUCAGAGGCAUUGGCUUGUUUCCUUCACAUCGUUUAUAG